AUGGCCCUGGACAACUACUACCGCAAUAAGAUCGAGGGCAUGAAGCUCGAGAUUAUCCAAGGCCAAGCCGUUUUGAGACGAUUAGAAGCCCAGCGCAAUGACUACAACUCCAGGGUGCGUCUAUUGCGCGAAGAGCUGGGCUUGCUUCAACAGCCCGGCUCUUACGUGGGCGAGGUCGUGAAAGUGAUGAGCACCAAGAAGAUUCUGGUCAAGGUACACCCAGAAGGGAAAUAUGUUGUGGACAUCUCCGAUGGCGUCGAUAUUAGCAAGCUCACCGUUGGCAAGCGCGUCGCCCUCCUUUCCGACUCCUACAAGCUUGAGAAGAUGCUGCCAUCCUCCGUCGAUCCCUUGGUUUCGCUCAUGAUGGUCGAGAAGGUCCCCGACAGCACUUAUGACAUGAUUGGUGGUCUCGAUCAGCAGAUCAAAGAAAUCAAGGAAGUCAUUGAACUUGGUCUCAAGCACCCCGAGCUCUUUGAAUCGCUGGGUAUCGCACAGCCCAAAGGUGUCCUGCUCUACGGUCCUCCGGGAACCGGAAAGACCCUCCUCGCCCGUGCGGCCGCCCACCACACCGACUGUCGAUUUAUCCGAGUCAGCGGCUCCGAGCUGGUGCAAAAGUACAUCGGUGAGGGUAGUCGCAUGGUGCGUGAACUGUUUGUCAUGGCCCGAGAGCACGCACCCAGUAUCAUUUUCAUGGAUGAAAUUGAUAGUAUUGGAUCUAGCCGGAUAGAUUCCGCCGGUGGCGGUGACUCUGAGGUACAACGUACUAUGCUGGAGUUGCUGAAUCAGCUGGAUGGCUUCGAGCCUACUAAGAACAUUAAGAUCGUCAUGGCGACGAACCGACUCGAUAUUCUCGACCCGGCCUUGCUCCGACCCGGGCGUAUCGACCGCAAGAUUGAAUUCCCCCCUCCAUCUAUCGAAGCUCGUGCCGAUAUCUUGCGCAUCCACUCCCGCUCGAUGAACCUGACCCGUGGGAUCAACCUCACCAAGAUCGCUGAGAAGAUGAACGGGUGUUCAGGCGCCGAGCUGAAGGGUGUCUGCACGGAGGCCGGUAUGUACGCCCUCCGUGAACGUCGGGUGCACGUCACACAAGAGGACUUCGACCUGGCCACCGCCAAGAUCUUGAACAAGCACGAUGACAAGGAGGUGGCCGUGUCGAAACUGUGGAAGUAG